AUGGAUCCCGACGCCGAGGUCACGUUCGAGUUCGUCCCCGUGAUCCGGCAGUACAAGAGCGGCUGCGUGGAGCGCCUGCUCCCCGUCAACCCGGUCCCGCCAUUCGUCGACGCCGCCACCGGGGUCGCCUCCAAGGACGUCACCGUUGACCCGGCCACGGGCCUGUGGGCGCGCCUCUACAUCCCACACGCCUUCGUGAACCGCCUCGCGGCGCGGGCCGGCGCGCUCGCCGUGUCCGUGGAGUACCGCCUGGCGCCCGAGCACCCCGUCCCCGCCUGCUACGACGACGCCUGGGCCGCGCUCCGGUGGGUGGUGACGUCGGCGGCCGACCCGUGGGUCCGCGACCACGGCGACGUGGCGCGCGUGUUCGUGCUCGGGUUCAGCGCCGGCGCGAACCUCGCGCACAACCUCACCCUCCGCGCCGGCUCGGAGCCCGAGACCGAGCCCGACCUCCUCCCCCGCGGCGCCCGGGUGCAGGGGAUGGCGCUGGUGCACCCGUUCUUCCUGUCGCCGCCGGCACCGGCGCCUGGGGACAAGGGCAGCAAGGCUGCGGAGGAAGGCGAGGUAGCGAAGUACGCGUGGGUGCGCGGCAAGCUGGCGGAGAUGUGGGCGUUCGCGUGCGGCGAGGGGCGGACGACGGCGGGGCCCGACGACCCGCGCGUGAACCCGCUCGCGGACGGCGCGCCCAGCCUGAGGCGCCUCGGGUGCGCCCGGGUCCUCGUCUGCCUUGCGGACGACGCGCUGGUCGCUGAGGGCAAGGCCUACUACGACGGCCUGCUGGCGAGCGGGUGGGCCGCGGCGGACGCCGAGCUGCUGGACUCCGCGCCCGCGGACCACGAGUUCCACGUCCGUGAGCCCGACAGCGCCAAGGCGGUGCUCCUCAUGGAUCGGCUGGUUGCGCUCAUCACCGGGAACCAGUAG